AUGCUGUGCUAGCCUGUGCUGUGUUAGUGGUUAGUGCUGACGACUUAGGUAGAGACAGUAGGAGGAUGUGUUUGUAAAGUUAGUUUUGAUAAUUUAAUUAAAUUGUAACCUAUGUGUUUAGUGAAUUUUGUGAAGACAGUGUUUAAAGUAGGCUCAGAUGCCAGUUUAGUUUGACACCUAUCUUGGAUAUUAGUUAAAGUUUGAAAUAAUGAUAUAAACAUUCUUCAUAAUGGUGUUUAAUAUUUUUGUUUUGUGAUCACUCCAUCUAGCCUUCAGAAGUAUAGUAAGGUACAUCGUACAUUUCUUUUUGUAAUUAUCAAGUGACAAUUUUUGUCUACCCUACUUAAACUCAGCAUUGCUGUCAGAAAUAUUGGAUGGAGGCGAGCGUGGAAGUGUUUGUGGUGUGGCAAGUGCGUGUGUGACAGUGGCGCUAUGUCACACAGUGUUGUGUAGUGCAUGUCACGUGUGGAGUGAUGGUGUUGUGUGUGUAGCACAGCGCGAUGGACGGGGAGGAGGACUAUUCCUCCAAGCCCGGCGAUACUGCCAGAGGCCAAGAUACCAAUGAUAUGACCUUUGUAAUCAACAGUUACCUUAAGGAUGCCAUGAAAAUAAUGAACAUGAUGAGAAGCCACAACCUGUUGACAGACAUCAUUCUAGAAGUGGGCAGUGAAUCGUUCCAGGCGCACAAAGUCGUUCUUGCCGCUGCUAGUCCGUACUUCAAGGCAAUGUUCACGGGUGGUCUGAUGGAAUGUGGUAUGACCAAGGUGAAGCUGCAAGGUGUGAAUCCCACAGCUAUGGCCAAAAUCAUUGUGUUCAUGUACACAGGCACGAUACGGGUUACGGAGCCAACAGUGUGUCAAGUGUUACCAGCCGCCACCAUGCUGCAGGUGGCAAACGUGGUGGAGGCAUGUUGUACAUUCCUAGAGCGACAGCUGGAUCCCACAAAUGCCAUCGGGAUUGCAGCUUUCGCUGAGCAACACGGCUGCCGUGACCUGCUGUUCAAGGCUAAUAGGUUCAUUGAACAGCAUUUUACACAGAUCUGUCAAGAGGAAGAGUUCUUACAGCUGUCACCAAUACAGCUGAUUGAGCUGAUCCGCAAGGACGAGCUCAACGUGCAGGAGGAGAGAGAGGUAUACAACGCCGUCAUCAAGUGGGUCAGGUAUAAUGAAGAGACCAGAAAGCCUAAGAUGGAAGCUGUUCUGAGAGCAGUGCGGUGUCAGUUCCUCAGUCCUGCGUUCCUGCAGGAGCAGAUGAGGAGCUGUGACAUUGUCACUAAACUGCCGGCAUGUAGGGAUUACCUCUCUCAAAUAUUCACAGACCUGACCCUCCACAAGAGGAUAGGUGUGAAGGAGAGAACGCCAAAAUCACCCAGGAUAAUUUAUGUUGCUGGGGGUUACCUCAGGCAUUCUCUGGACACAUUUGAGGGCUUCAACAUUGACGACAACACGUGGACAGCACUGGCCAAGCUGCCGAUACCUCGGUCCGGGCUCGGUGUGGCCUUCCUCAAGGGAGCGAUAUACGCUGUGGGUGGAAGGAACAAUUCACCAGGCAGCAGUUAUGACUCGGAUUGGAUCGAUCGAUACGACCCAGUGAUGGACGUAUGGCGACCCUGCACUGCCAUGAGCACACCACGCAACCGUGUUGGUGUCUGUGUCAUGGACGGGCUGCUGUAUGCAUGCGGCGGCUCUACAGGUGCGGACUGCCACAACAGUGCUGAGAGGUACGAUCCAGACUCUGACCAGUGGACACGAAUCAAGUCGAUGAAGCAACAGCGUAUCGGUGUAGGAGUGGCGGUAAUUAAUCGGUUGCUGUACGCAGUUGGGGGUUUCGAUGGAGAAAGUAGACUGCGCAGUGUUGAGUGCUACAAUCCAGACAAGGACAGCUGGAGCUUCGUAGCUGACAUGCAUGAGUGCAAAAGUGGUGCAGGAGUGGCAGCCUUGGAACACCACAUCUAUGUGGUGGGUGGCUACAAUGGCUCACAGCAGCUCGACACAGUGGAACGUUACGACCCGGAGCAAGACAGGUGGGAGUUUUGCUGUCCUCUGAGCAUCGCUCGCAGCGCCCUCAGCCUGGCUGUCAUAGACAACAAGGUCUACGCCAUUGGUGGGUAUGAUGGGAGAAACUUCAUUUCUGUUGUGGAGGUGUAUGACCCAACAACCAACACAUGGACCCAGGGCACUCCCAUGCUGACAGGCAGGUCCGGGCAUGCGGCGGCUGUCUGCUACCAGCACCAGUGUCUGAUCCCUUGUGAGGGACCCUCACACGUCCACGCGCCUGCCACCACAGCAGACACUCCUGUUCGCCCCCACAACUCCCCGUCCUAGCGGCGGGCGCGGGGCCCCCGGCACAAGCACCACCGCGCACACAACUGACCGUGACUGUGAUAGAACUUUGUGCAUAAUUCUUUAUAGACUGGUACCAAAAUCUGUUGAUUUAAGAGCAUCUAAUUAUACAGUUUAAAAUAAUGAGUAGUUAAAGCUAUGAAAGUAUUUCUGUGUACAGCACAUAACAAACUUAGCACUUAAAAUUAGUAAUAAAAUUUAAAUUGUUUAGUAAAUAUAAUAACAAUGUGUUCAACUUUCCAAAUCUCUCUCUGUAAGUAAAAAGACUACUCUUAGUCCAAUCAUACUAAUUUAUGUUUUGUUAUUUGUUUGAAUUACACAUCUUUUAAUUAAUUAUCCUCCUGUUUACAAAGUAUAAAAGUUAUCUUUUUUAUGGCUAAAGUAUUUUUACAUCAAUUAACAAACAUGAUGUUAUUGCUAUAACAGUUUUUUCUUAAAUCAGUUAUAAAACAACUACAUAAAUACUCUCUUUUAUUAUAAAAUCAAACUCAACUGAAGGAAAAAAUUACUGUGCAUCAAAUAAUUUUAAAUGAAUAACUAAGUUUAAAGGUGUUUUUUUUACCAAAAUACAUAAAAAAAUUGGUAGAUUAUUUGUAGUUGUGAGAUUUGUACACAUAACCUACGUUGAUUUUUCAGGUUUUUUUAUCAAUAAAUUAUUCUUGGAACAAAAUAUACUAUAUUAAAAUAUAUCCAGAUAAGUUUAUGAAAUAUUGGGAUUUGAGAACAAAAUUGUUGUUGUUACGAGAUUUUUUUUUUCUUUGUAUACUUACAGAAAACAUUUACUGAAUAUGACCAUUGGUCAUGAGAAGUAAUUAAAUAUAAUUGAUUCACAGUUCUAACAACGUUAUUCAACAGCUAUUGGUUUGGGGAGGGAAUGAAGGAGGGAGGGGCUUCUUUAAUGAGUUGGCAGGAGCCUGUAGCAAUACUGUGUGUCUUUAAUAGCCUUUUUUAUAUCUAAUGCACAUAUGCCCUAAUUCCAAUUUCAAAUUGAUGUAGUUGUGAUGUUUACCCGCCGUGGUGACCACUGAAGAUGCUCCAGUCAGCAAACUGUUAUACUCCCAUGUCAUGGGCAAGAAUGACAAGUAUGUUAUUUCCUCUACAAGUAUGACAGGUGCUGGAUAUCCACCCUGAUGUAUAUCGUGGAUUAAAAAAAUAGCCCACCUUAUUCUAAAAUAAUAUAUUGUAGUAUUCUGUUUAUAAGUACGUUAAAAAGUCCCCUAUCCAUACCAUUUAAAUCAAAUCUUAUUCUUAUAUUUAUAAUACUAUUAAACUGUGAAGCACAUAUUAUAUUACGAGGGUAAUUUUUUAAUAAAGAACCGUUUUGUAAUGGAUCAAUGGACAUUAUUGUAUCACAAACUUAAUUAUAAACAUAUAUUCACUUCUCUACAGUGUCACCAUAAACUUUAAAGAUUUUUCAAGUUAGGCCACUAACUUUUGGGUCCCAUUAUCAAAGAACUCUGCUUCCUGACCAUUAAACCAGUUAGUAACUACAUGAGGCCAAACAUUGUCAUGAAGCAGAACGACGCCGCUAGAGAGUAAGCCUCGUGAGCGGUUUCACAUGCCUAAACUUCAAUAACGUUUCAAAGUAUCUCUCGGCAUUUACUGUCAUUCCUUGUGGCAAAAGUUCUAUCAAAAGUAUGUCUUUCAGGUCCCAAAAUACUGUGGCCAUGAUUUCCUUUUUGAUGGUUCUUGCUUGAAUUUCCGUAGCUUGUUGGGGAGUUUGGGUGAUACCACACACUGGAUUGACGUUUAGUCACAAUGUGACUUAAGAACUUAUCACCACACUUGUGAUAGUGCCCAAAAAAGAAAAAAUGUGCCAUAUGCUUGCUUUCUAUUCUUCUGUUAACAUGUUUGACACCCAUGUUGCACACAAUUGUUGUGUCAAAGUUUAUCAAUACCAAUAUUAUAAACUACAGACUUUUAAACUUUUGGAAAGUGUUGAUGAAGUUCAUCAAUAGCAAAGUACCUGUUUUGGGGAAUUUCCUCAUCAACUUUUAGUGUCUUCAUUCAUUACAGUAGGCCGUCCAGGUUGUUCUUUAUUAUGAACAUUGUCCUUCCUUCAUUAAAAAACCUACACCAUUUUCACACAAUUUCAUCGUUCAUUACGCUCUCACUAUAAAUUUCAGCAGGACAAACUUUUUUUGCAUUUAAAACCGAAUAAUUGAGUGCACUUCACAAUCGGGAUUAAUUAUUGACAUGGCGACAAACAAAGCAGUAUAACCACAUAACCAACACCAGCAGACACGUGAAACGUAAUGGCUGCUUAGUGGGGGACUGGCCAAGAUUGGCUGAUCUUGAACGGUUUUCAUGUGACAGGAUGCACGGGCACAAUGCACAAUUGAUUCUUACUUUAAAAAUGACCCUAUUAAUUAGUUUAAAUUUUUAUUUUGUUGUUAAUUUAUGAAGUUAUUAAGUUCAAUAAGAACUUUAGCUGAUUUAUGUGAAUUUAUUGUAGUUUAUUUACUACAUCAACAUUUUGAUUAUUUAUACAACACAUCAUAAGAUCUCUUGUAUGCAAAUUACAAGAUUAUUUGUCCACCUGUUAUUAAUCUUAUUCUGGUAAUUAAUCCAUAAAGUACUACAAAAAAGAAAAUCUUGUUUACAUAUUUCAGAUGUUAUUUUGGAAAUCAGAUUUUAUAUGAUUAUUUUUACAAUUAUGAUCAACGUUGACGGGUAAGGAUUUUCUUUCUAGUUUAUGGAAGAAAUCAAAAUCUUUAAAAAAUUACAUAUAUUGUUUUAGUAUUCAGAUACAGCCGUAUGCAAUACUUUUAUAUGAAUUGUUUACAUGUUUUUGACCAGUGCCAAAAAUUAUUGGGGUAUUUUUUUGAGUUUACGUAAAUCCUUUAUAGAUCUAUGUAACAUGUACAAGUUAUAAACAUUGUUCAAGAUAUAUCAAGCAUUUAUUUAAAUUGGAAUUGCCAAUAGAUGUAUUAAAUGUAUUAUUAUUGUUUUCAAUUUGUUGAAAACUAUUGUUCAUAAUAAAUUAUAUACUAGUUGAAUUUUUAUUUCGCAUAAUAACAAAAAGCAUACACAAAAUAAAAAAAGCUUAAGGGUGGAGAUGUAUGAAAUAUUAUUAAAGAAAUUAAUAUUAUUCUUAUAUUUCUAUGUAUCCUGAUAGUGAGAAUUCUCAAGCCUUUCUUGGAUCUUCAAUAAGAGUAAGUCAAUAGUGGAUUAAUUUUAAUCAGUAUCUCAGGAAUUUUUAACAUUUAUUUUGUUAAUUUAAUUAAGUUUCAAAGGAAUGUGUGCUUUUUUCAUUAUUGUUUGUAAGUUUACUGUAUGUUUUAACUAGAAAUUAAAUCCAUUGUCCUUUGAACUCCAUAGCCAUAGCUUUGUUGAUCUACUUGAAUUUUGUUGAUCCAAGAAAACUUUGCCCAGAAAUGUGAGGAACCCAAACUCUUAUUGUCUUGCCGCAGGUUUUUGUUUGCUCUACAAUGAGCGAUUACUCUCAUCUAUUACAUUAUAACCUGGAGCUCAAAGAUUUUAAGUGUAUUUGUAAGGGUUCACUUUUAAAAUUCACAGUUCCUUAUUACUUACUUAGUUUAAUGUUACAUACAUUUUCACAUCCCUUUAGCAGAUACAAAUUGUGUCAGCUUAAAAUCAAAAUCUAGAAAUGUUUAUUUAAAUAUAUUAUUUUUAAAUAAGAAAUUUUAGUUUUGCUGUAAACAAAAUUUUUAAUAUUGAGUGAAUUUUAAACGUUCCAUACUUGCUAAAUUUUACAUUUAUCUCACAAUUGUGCUUACUUAAGUGAGCAUUUUGAAAAUAGGUAUGACCAAUCCUUUGGGUUAGAUACGCAAAAGUAUGCACAAAGUCAAUACUUUAGUUAUGUUUAGAAUCCAUCAUUUGUUUUUAUUUCUUAAAGUAGAUUUUUAGUUAUCAGAAGGACAAGUGGUAAACACUUAAACAAAUACUUCUCUUCUCAAAUAGUUUAUCUUUAUAAAUCGUGUUUUAUGCUGUGUGAUUUUUGUGUCAUUCAGAUGACAUAUAACAUAUAUUUUCAAAACUUAUUGAAAUCUUAAGUGUUACAUUAUAACAUUUUAAGUUAAUAUCACAUAGAAAUAGAAUUGAAGGUUAUUUUGUUUUUCUAAAAAAAAUGUGUUUUGAAUGACUUUAAUACAUUUUCCUGGUUUAUAACAAUUAUUUUGUGAUACAAGGCAUAUUAUUUAAUGGAUUUGUAUGACUAACCUAUCGUGAUAGUUCUGUUUUUUAUUUUGUCACCAAUAAUCAGCGUUAUAAUGUUACUAUAAGAUUUAUAAAUGUUAUUUCAAAUUUCAGAAAUAGGCUUUUUCAAUUGUUAAAGAAAUGUUUUGCUUUCUACGUUUCAUUAUUAUUCUCGACUAGUAUUUACUAAUACUAUCUACAGCUGUUAUUAAAUACAUUCUGUAGCAUUCUGAGGUUUUACAUUCCAUUUCAACCAUAAUUGAUAUUAUAAAUAUGUAUAUUAUGUGGAUAGUUGUAUAUUGUGUUGUAAUUGUUUUAGUGUUAAAGGGCUGUAAUUUGUAUUUUUCAAGAUUGUGUAUAUGUAUAAUGAUAAUUUAUAUUUAUAACUGUUUAUAUAUUUAUUGUCUAAAUUGUUUAUCUCAUCAUUGUUUGUAUUUGUACUUAAGAUAAAUAAGUUAUUUUGUCCUA